CUGCACUGUCCCUGUCCCUGUCCCUGUCCCUGUCCCCUGGCCAUCCCCACCCUGUCCCUGUCGCCUGGCUGUCCCUGUGCCCCAGCAGAUCCUGAGCACCGUGGAGGUGCAGGCUUCCAGCACCGCGGGGCCCUGUCCCUGUCCAUGCCUGCACUGUCCCCUGUCCCUGUCCCCUGGCCAUGCCCACACUGUCCCUGUCCCUGCCUGCACUGUCCCUGUCCCUGUCCCUGUCCCUGUCCCUGUCCCUGUCACACCCCUGUCCCCCGCAGAUCCUCAGCACGGUGGAGGCGCAGGCUCCCAGCGCCGCGGGGCCCUCGGGCUGCGGCCCCGUGCCCGUGCCCGUGCCCGUGGUGGCCGUGCCGGGCCCGGGGGUGGCGGCGGCGCUGCCCAACGGGGCCCCGCCGGGUCCCCCGCCCGUGGCCGACGACAGCAAAACGAACCUGAUCGUGAAUUACCUGCCGCAGUCCAUGAGCCAGGAGGAGCUGAGGAGCCUCUUCGGCAGCCUCGGCGACAUCGAGUCCUGCAAGCUCGUCCGGGACAAGGUCACCGGGCAAAGCCUGGGCUAUGGCUUCGUCAACUACGUGGAGGCCGGCGACGCCGACCGGGCCAUCGGGGCCCUCAACGGGCUCAAGCUGCAGACCAAGACCAUCAAGGUGUCCUACGCCCGGCCCAGCUCGGCGUCCAUCCGCGACGCCAACCUGUACGUGAGCGGGCUGCCCAAGGCCAUGGGGCAGAAGGAGAUGGAGCAGCUCUUCUCGCAGUACGGCCGCAUCAUCACCUCCCGCAUCCUCGUGGACCAGGUCACCGGUGUGUCGCGGGGCGUGGGCUUCAUCCGCUUCGACAAGCGCGUGGAGGCGGAGGAGGCGGUGCGGGGGCUGCACGGGCAGAAGCCGCUGGGCGCGGCCGAGCCCAUCACGGUCAAGUUCGCCAACAGCCCCGGGCAGAAAUCGGGGGGGGCCCUGCUGAGCCUGUGCCCCGGGGCCCGGCGCUACGGGGCCCUGCACCCCCCCCCGCAGCGCUUCCGCCUGGACAAUUUGCUGAACGUGGCCUACGGGGUGAAGAGCCCGCUGUCGCUGCUGCCCAGGUUCUCCCCGCUGGCCAUCGAGGCGGUGCCGGCGCUGGCCGGGGUGGGCCUGGGCACCCCCGGGCCGGGCUGGUGCAUCUUCGUCUACAACCUGGCGCCCGAGGCGGACGAGAGCGUCCUGUGGCAGCUCUUCGGGCCCUUCGGCGCCGUCACCAACGUCAAGGUGAUCCGCGACUUCGCCACCAACAAGUGCAAGGGCUUCGGCUUCGUCACCAUGACCAACUACGAGGAGGCGGCCAUGGCCAUCGCCAGCCUCAACGGCUACCGCCUGGGCGAGCGCGUGCUCCAGGUGUCCUUCAAGACCACCAAGCAGCACAAGGCCUGAGGGACCUGCAGGGACCCCCAUGGGCACCAUGGAAGAACUCAACUGGAGACCUCGGGGAUCUUCAGGGACCUUGAGGGACCUUCAGGGACACCAUGGACACCAUGGAGAUGGAGAGACCCACAUGAAGACCUGGAGACCUCAGGGUCCCCCCCCAUGGACACCAUGGAGACCACAGAGAAACCCAACUGGAGACCUUGGAGACCUUCAGGGACCUCCAUGAGCACCAUGGAGGAACUCAGAUGGAGACCUUGGGGACCUUGGGGACCUUCAUGGACCUUGAGAGACCUUCAGGGACUCCCAUGAGCACCAUGGAGACCGUGGAGAAACCCAACUGGAGACCCUGGGGACCUUUGAGAUCUUCAGGGACCUUCAUGGACCCCCAUGGACACCAUGGAAAAACCCAACUGGAGACCCUGGGGACCUUCAGGGACCUUGAGAGACCUUCAGGGACCCCCAUGAGCACCAUGGAGACCAUGGAGAAAACCACAUGAAGACCUGGAGACCUCAGGGUCCCUCCCUGAGCACCAUGGAGACCACAGAGAAACCCAGCUGGAGACCUUGGGGACCUUGAGGGACCUUCAGGGACACCCAUGAGCAUCAAACACCUCCUGGAGACCUCAGGGUCCCCCCCAUGAGCAGCAUGGAGACCACAGAGAAACCCAGUUCAGGUCCUGGGCAGGCCCUCCAUGGACACCAAGGACAUCCUGGGUCUCCAGGAGAUGGAGAAACACACCUGGAGACCUUGGAGACCGUGGGGACCCCCCACCAUGAGCGCCACAGACACCAUGGAGACCCCCGAGCCCCCUCCAUGGCCACUGAGGACAGCGUGGGGAUUACACCUGACGCACAGCCCGGACACCUGGACACCCUCACCUGUCCCUGAGGCCUCCUCCAGGUGCUGCAGGGCACUGGGAGGGGCCCUGGAGACCCCCCCAGGACGCUGUGGACACACCUGGGACCCCCCCCGGGUACCCCAACCCCACCACUCCGGCGGUGGCCGGACCACCUGGAGCGGUGCCCCCCCCCCACCUGAUCCAGGUGUGUCCAGGUGGGGGCUGUGCCCCCCCUUCCCUCCGCUCCAGGACUCCAGCAAGGGGAAGGGGAGGGGGCUCUGCUCGCUCUCUCCUCCUUUCCACGUCUUUCCUUCAUUUUCUGGGGGAGGGGGAGGAAUUUUUGGGGAGGAAGAACAAAAGUAAGGAUUAAUCAGGUGUUUAAUCAGACCUGUUACCCGUUAUCAGGUAAGGAGGAGCGUGACUGGCGCAGGGAGCGCUGGCCCAAAUCCAUCUAUUUUUAUAGCAGAAUAUUAAAAGAUAUCCCCCAAAAUCCCCACAAUCGCCUUUUCCAGAGGGGGUGAGAACCUGCUUUGUGCUCCCCGAGUUCCUUGGAAGCAGCUUGUGAACCCCAAGAGUGAUCAAGGCAAGUUUUGGGGGGCCAGGGGCACUGAAAUGCCAGGGAUUGUGCUGGUACCCCCAAAACUGGGAGGGAGGGGAUGUGUCGUGUCACACUUCCCCCCCCGCCUUCCCAAAUUCUUCAAAAUGGGCGAUUUUUGCCCCAAAUUACUCCACUUGCUGGAGUUUGGAGCCUCCUGUCCAAAAAACAAAAGGGCGGAACCCCACCUGAAAAGCCCCAAUACUGAGUUCCCCCUUACUCCUUAUCAUUGUUAUUAUUCUUAAUUAUUCUUCUUAUUAAUUAUUAUUGAUGUUAUUAUUAUUAUUAUUAUUGUUAUUAUUAUUAUUGCAAUUCUUAUUUAUUUUCCCUUCGCCGUCGGGAUAAUUUCUCACUUUUCAGUGGUUUAGUUCCCAUUUAUUUCCUAUUCUCCCCUGUUUUUUCCCUGAUCCUGGCACUCCCCGGGACCCUCUUUUUUCUCCCCAGACCCUUCCCCAAACCCACCCCGGCUCCUGGUUUUUUUGUGUCGUGCCUGUGUGAAGCUUCUUGUAGUUUUAAUUAUUAUUAA